AGGGACGAAGAAUGCACCAUACGAGAAACAUAAAGCUCUGGACACAGUGGACACAGACACAUGUGGCAACCUGAGGGCGCAGGAGGUAACAGUGGACACAGGGGACACAGACACAUGUGGCAACCUGAGGGCGCAGGAGGUAACGGGGGACACAGGGGACACAGACACAUGUGGCAACCUGAGGGCGCAGGAGGUAUCGGGGGACACAGGGGACACAGACACAUGUGGCAACCUGAGGGCGCAGGAGGUAACGGGGGACACAGGGGACACAGACACAUGUGGCAACCUGAGGGCGCAGGAGGUAACAGUGGACACAGGGGACACAGACACAUGUGGCAACCUGAGGGCGCAGGAGGUAACGGGGGACACAAGGGACACAGACACAUGUGGCAACCUGAGGGCGCAGGAGGUAACGGGGGACACAGGGGACACAGACACAUGUGGCAACCUGAGGGCGCAGGAGGUAACGGGGGACACAGGGGACACAGACACAUGUGGCAACCUGAGGGCGCAGGAGGUAACGGGGGACACAGGGGACACAGACACAUGUGGCAACCUGAGGGCGCAGGAGGUAACAGGGGACACAGUGGACACAGACACAUGUGGCAACCUGAGGGCGCAGGAGGUAACGGGGGACACAGGGGACACAGACACAUGUGGCAACCUGAGGGCGCAGGAGGUAACGGGGGACACAGGGGACACAGACACAUGUGGCAACCUGAGGGCGCAGGAGGUAACGGGGGACACAGGGGACACAGACACAUGUGGCAACCUGAGGGCGCAGGAGGUAACAGGGGACACAGUGGACACAGACACAUGUGGCAACCUGAGGGCGCAGGAGGUAACGGGGGACACAGGGGACACAGACACAUGUGGCAACCUGAGGGCGCAGGAGGUAACGGGGGACACAGGGGACACAGACACAUGUGGCAACCUGAGGGCGCAGGAGGUAACGGGGGACACAGACACAUGUGGCAACCUGAGGGCGCAGGAGGUAACGGGGGACACAGGGGACACAGACACAUGUGGCAACCUGAGGGCGCAGGAGGUAACAGGGGACACAGACACAUGUGGAAACCUGAGAGCGCAGGAGGAGGUAACAGGGGACACAGACACAUGUGGCAACCUGAGGGCGCAGGAGGUAACGGGGGACACAGGGGACACAGACACAUGUGGCAACCUGAGGGCGCAGGAGGUAACGGGGGACACAGGGGACACAGACACAUGUGGCAACCUGAGGGCGCAGGAGGUAACGGGGGACACAGGGGACACAGACACAUGUGGCAACCUGAGGGCGAAGGAGGUAACGGGGGACACAGGGGACACAGACACAUGUGGCAACCUGAGGGCGCAGGAGGUAACGGGGGACACAGUGGACACAGACACAUGUGGCAACCUGAGGGCGCAGGAGGUAACAGGGGACACAGGGGACACAGACACAUGUGGCAACCUGAGGGCGCAGGAGGUAACAGGGGACACAGGGGACACAGACACAUGUGGCAACCUGAGGGCGCAGGAGGUAACGGGGGACACAGUGGACACAGACACAUGUGGCAACCUGAGGGCGCAGGAGGUAACAGGGGACACAGGGGACACAGACACAUGUGGCAACCUGAGGGCGCAGGAGGUAACAGGGGACACAGGGGACACAGACACAUGUGGCAACCUGAGGGCGCAGGAGGAGGUAACAGGGGACACAGGGGACACAGACACAUGUGGCAACCUGAGAGCGCAGGAGGUAACGGGGGACACAGGGGACACAGACACAUGUGGCAACCUGAGGGCGCAGGAGGUAACGGGGGACACAGGGGACAAAGACACAUGUGGCAACCUGAGAGCGCAGGAUGUAACAGGGGACAAAGACACAUGUGGCAACCUGAGAGCGCAGGAGGUUGUAACUCCACAGGUUGUAACUCCACAGGUUGUGACUCCAGAGGUUGUGACUCCACAGGUUGUAACUCCACAAGUUAUAACUCCACAGGUUGUAACUCCACAAGUUAUAACUCCACAGGUUGUGACUCCAGAGGUUGUGACUCCACAGGUUGUAACUCCACAAGUUAUAACUCCACAGGUUGUGACUCCAGAGGUUGUGACUCCACAGGUUGUAACUCCACAGGUUGUAACUCCACAAGUUAUAACUCCACAGGUUGUGACUCCACAGGUUGUAACUCCACAAGUUAUAACUCCACAGGUUGUAACUCCACAGGUUGUAACUCCACAAGUUGUAACUCCACAGGUUGUAACUCCACAGGUUGUAACUCCACAAGUUGUAACUCCACAAGUUGUCUCUCUACAGGAUGUAACUCUACAGGUUGUAACUCCACAGGUUGUAACUCCACAAGUUGUAACUCCACAGGUUGUAACUCCACAGGUUGUAACUUCACAGGUUGUAACUCCACAGGUUGUAACUCCACAGUUUGUGACUCCAAAGGUUGUAACUGUACAUAUUGUAACUUCACAGGUUGUAACUCUACAGGUUGUAACUCCACAGGUUGUUACUUUACAGGUUGUGAUUCCACAGGUUGUAACUUCACAGGUUGUAACUCCACAAGUUGUAACUCCAAAGGUUGUAACUCCACAGGUUGUAACUCCACAGGUUGUAACUCUACAGGUUGUGAUUCCGCAGGUUGUUACUCCACAGGUUGUAACUCCACAGGUUGUAACUCCACAGGUUGUAACUCUACAGGUUGUGAUUCCGCAGGUUGUUACUCCACAGGUUGUAACUCCACAGGUUGUAACUCCACAGGUUGUAGCUUCACAGGUUGUAAUUUCACAGGUUGUAACUCCACAGCUUGUAACUCCACAGGUUGUAACUCCACAGCUUGUAACUCCACAAGUUGUAACUCCACAGGUUGUAACUCCACAGGUUGUAACUCCACAGGUUGUAACUCCACCGCUUGUGACUCCACAGGUUGUAACUCCACAGGUUGUAACUCCACCGCUUGUGACUCCACAGGUUGUAACGCCAAAGGUUGUAACUCCACAGGUUGUGAAUCCACAGGUUGUAACUCCACCGCUUGUGACUCCACAGGUUGUAACUCCACAGGUUGUAACGCCAAAGGUUGUAACUCCACAGUUACUCUUUUCCUCCAUAAUGUAA